UAAUGAACGUCAAGAUCUUUUAAUAAGUUUUUUUUGUCUCACAAAAUAUAAUACAAAAUUAGAUGUUUAGUGAAAAUUCUACAUGUUGCAUAUGGUAAAAAUCAUUUAAAAAAACCCAACUUCCUAUUUAUCUUCUUCCCAUCCCCAGUGCUGACCAUGUCACGUUGAACAGGAUUGCGUUGUUACAGGUAUCAGUGUCAUUCGAAGAUGUCACUGUGGACUUCAGCAGGGAGGAGUGGCAUCACUUGGACUCUGCUCAGAGACGUCUGUACCGGGAUGUGAUGCUGGAGAACUACAGCCACCUACUCUCAGUGGGAUACCAAGUUCCCAAACCUGAGGUUAUCUUCAAGUUGGAGCAAGGGGAGGAGCCAUGGAUGCUGGAGGGGGAACCUGCACAUCAGAGCCGUUCGGAUGAGGAUAUUGGGCAAACCCAGCAACAGGGAAUUUCUGGAGAAGUUUCAUUCCACUGUGAGAGAUUUGACCAAUCCACAGGGGAAGAUUCAGUGUGUUCUAUUUUAGAAGAACUACGGCAAGAUAAUGACCAGCUGGAGAGAUACCAAAGGAACCAGAAUAAUCCUUUAACUCAUGUGAAAAUAUUGAUUAAGGAGAAGGGCUAUGGAUGUAAAAACAUUGGAAACAUAAUUCAUGUGAGUACCAAGCUUGUCCCUUCAAGAAAAAGACUUCAUAACUAUGACACAUUUGGAAAGAGUUUGAAGCAUACUUUUAACCUACAUAAUCAUAAUAAAAGCAAUGCGACAAACAACUUUGAAAAGAGUUUUGGAAAUGGUAACAAUUUCCAUAGCUCUUCCUUUACUAAGAAUGAAGAUUCUAAUACAGAAGUAAAUUCCUGUGAACAUAAUCAGUUAGAGAAACAUUUCAGCCACAAACAAGUCCUCAUCCACCAUCAGAAAGUUCAUACUAGGGAGAAACUUUAUUUAUGUACUGACUAUGUAAAGGGCUUCACCCAGAAGUCACAUCUCUUUGAGCAUCAUCAGAGAGUUCAUGCAGCAGAGAAAUCCUAUGAAUGUAACAAAAGUGAGAAAGUCUUCACUCAAAAGCCAGAAAUUGAUGUACAUCAGAGAGUUUAUGCAGGAGAGAAACCCUAUAUAUGCAUUCAAUGUGGUAAGGCCUUUACUCUCAAAUCAAACCUCAUUACACAUCAGAAGAUUCAUACUGGGCAGAAACCCUAUAAAUGUAACAAAUGUGGAAAAGCCUUUUUCCAGAGAUCAGAUCUCGUUAGACAUCUGAGAAUUCAUACAGGAGAAAAACCUUAUGAAUGCAGUGAAUGUGGAAAAGCCUUCUCCCAGAAUUCAGACCUCAAUAUACAUCAGAAAACUCAUACUGGAGAGAGACAUUAUGGAUGCAAUGAAUGUGGGAAAGCCUUCGCAAGAAAAUCAGCCCUUAGAAUGCAUCAGAGAAUUCAUACAGGAGAGAAACCCUAUGUAUGCACUGAAUGUGGGCGGGCCUUCAUCCAGAAAUCACACUUUAAUACACAUCAGAGAAUUCAUACUGGAGAAAAACCUUAUGAAUGCAGUGACUGUGGGAAAUCAUUCUCUAAAAACUCACAACUUCAUGUGCAUCAGAGAAUUCACACAGGAGAGAAACCCUAUGUAUGUACAGAAUGUGGGAAGGUUUUCAGUCAUAGGACAAAUCUCAUUACACAUCAGAAAACUCAUACUGGAGAGAAACCCUAUAUGUGUACUGAAUGUGGGAAGGCUUUCACUGACCAGUCAAAUCUCAUUAAACACCAGAAAACUCAUACUGGAGAGAAACCCUAUAAAUGUAAUGGCUGUGGAAAAGCCUUUAUAUGGAAGUCACGCCUCAAAAUACAUCAGAAAUCUCAUGUUGGAGAGAGACACUAUGAAUGCAAUGAAUGUGGGAAAGCCUUUAUCCAGAAAUCAACACUAAGUGUGCAUCAGAGAAUCCAUACAGGAGAGAAACCCUAUGUUUGUCCUGAAUGUGGGAAGGCUUUCAUCCAAAAAUCACACUUCAUUGCACAUCACAGAAUUCAUACUGGAGAGAAACCUUAUGAAUGCAGUGAUUGUGGGAAAUGCUUUACUAAGAAGUCACAACUCCAUGUGCAUCAGCACAUUCACACAGGAGAGAAACCAUAUAUAUGUGCUGAAUGUGGAAAGGCAUUCAAUGACAGGUCCAAUCUGCUUACACACCAGAAAGUUCAUACUAGAGAGAAACCCUAUAAAUGUGGUGACUGUGGAAAAACCUUCACCUGGAAGUCAAGUCUCAAUAUACAUCAGAAAUCUCAUGCUGGAGAGAGACACUAUGAAUGCAGUAAUUGUGGGAAAGCUUUCAUCCAGAAGGCAACACUAAGUAUGCGUCAGAUAAUUCAUACAGCAAAGAAACCUUAUGUUUGUAUAGAAUGUCAGAAGGCCUUCAAUGACAGAUCAAAUCUCAUUGAACACCAGAAAACUCACAGUGGAGAAAAACUCUAUAAAGCCAGUGACAGAAAAAGCCUUCACCUGGAAAUCACAACUCAGUAUACAUCGGAUAGCUCAUAGUAGGGAAGAGGAGUGUCUGUGCUGCAAUUAUUGUGCAUGGGGAAGUAGGCAUGACAGACUAUGGCUUGAGUGAAUAGAGGUGAACAAAGCCAAGUAUCAUUCAAUUAAUUGGAAGUACAAGUACCUACAUCACCACAAUUGAUAUACAAUUAUGUGCCUAGGGAGACACUUUAGAGAAAGCAUUUGAGCAAUAGCCAUAUUUGGUUGCAUGAUUGAUGCUGGGACUUUUGAGACACUGCAAAUUGUAGAAGUACAGACACAAGGCUGACUUUCAAUUUCUUCUGUUUCACUUUUUGAAUAAAUGACUUUAUAAAUUCAGCACUGAUUAUUUCUUCAUACCCUGGAAUGUACAAGUACUCAAAUGUACAAGUACUCAAUACUGGCCUCCUCAAAUUUAUAUUUAUAGGGUGAGGAGAGUUUUUAUUACCCAAACAUCUACAGGG